AUUUUAUUCAUCGAACCUUAACAGAUGGUAACAUGGAGAAUAAACAAUCAGCUGAUAAUGGCGCUGAAAAUCUGAACAUCCUAACAAGUAGAGACGCAGGUGAUGUCAUAAUAGAAGCUGCGUUGUCAGGGAACACCGAUACGAUAAAACAAGCGCUCGUCUGCGGUGCGAAUCUAGAACAGGAAAGCCAGCGCGGAGCAACAGCGCUACUGUUAGCUGCGUGGUGUGGACAUGUAGAUGUGAUCAAAGAGUUACUAGAAGCCAGGUGUGGUGUGGAGGAGAGCAACGAGGAUGGCAUGACAGCACUGAUGCUCGCUGCACAGCGCGGUCACACCGAUGGCGUCUCGUUACUGGUAGAAGCCGGUGCUAACGUGGAACACUGCAACGACGAUGGAGAGACAGCACUGAUGUUCGCUGCACAGUGCGGUCACACCGAUGUCGUCUCGUUACUGGUAGAAGCCGGUGCCAAUGUGGAGCACUGUAAUGGGGAAGGAGUGACAGCAUUGAUGCUCGCUGCCUGGUGCGGUUACGACGGUGUCCUUGAAGUUCUACUGCACGAGCGAGCCAACGUCGAGCGUAGAGAUAACCACGGGGAUACGGCAUUGCUGUGCGCUGCGUGGGAUGGUCAGAGAGAAGCAGUCGAACGCUUGCUGGCUGCCGACGCGAUGCUGGAACCGAGCAAUAACCAAGGUAGGACAGCAUUGCUCGCUGCGGCUAUGGCAGGUCACGCGGACAUCGUCGGAAUCCUGCUUAAAGCCGGCGCCGACCUGGAACAUGAAGAUCGUGAUUGUAUGACGUCACUGUUGUUGGCAGCCUGGUGCGGUCACGCAGCCAUCGUGGAGAUCUUACUGAACGCCGGCGCCAACUCGACGCACAGGAACCAGGAUGGCAUGACAGCAUUGCGGUUAGCUGUGCGCUUUGGCCACGCAGACGUGAUCGAGGCAUUAGUAGCUGCUGGUGACAAUGUAGAGGACGUCGACCAGAACGGCAUGACAGCGCUGAUGUCAGCUGCUUGGUGCGGUCGCCUGGACGUUGUCGCAACGUUGCUGAAAGCGGGGGCACGCGUGCAACAUACCGACAAGCGUGGCGACACAGCACUGUUCUUGGCUGCCUGGAACGGGCAGCGUCGUGUUGUCGGGGCACUACUAGAUGCCGGAGCAGACGUCAUGCACAUUAACAACGAUAACGACACGGCGAUGAUGCUUGCUGCCUUUGAUGGCCACCCCGAAGUUAUCACCACGCUACUCGAGAAGGGGACGCCGUUGGAACAUGUGAAUCUCUGGGGCCGAACAGCCCUGCUGGCGGCUGCCAUGGGUGGUCAUGCGGACACUAUCAGACUGUUACUAGACUCUGGAGCCAACAUGGAACAUGUUGACCUGCUACUGCAUGAAACGGCGUUGCUGCUGGCUUCUUGGCGUGGUCACAAGGACUGUGUCGAGACGUUGCUGAAAGCCGGAGCCAACUUAGAACACAUCAACAAGAAAGGAAUGACCGCUGUGCAUCUAGCUGCCCGGUGCGGUCAUACGAAGGUCAUCAGAGUGUUGCUGGCUGCUCAUCCUAAUUUGGAACGCAGGCACUUGGAUGAAGAUACGGCGCUGGUAUUGUCAGUGCGAUUCGGUCACAUUGACGUAGUGACGAUGUUACUGGACGCGGGUGCGGGGCGGCAGUCUGCCGACGUCACAAAGUCUUAUGACACGGCUGUAGGGUGUGCGCUAAAAGUUCCGCUCAAUGAUAAUUACAAGCAAAUCGCCGGUCUACUGCUUAGAUACGAGUUAUGCAGGCUGUUGCCUGAAUCUUCUUACUGCGAUGUGCCUCAUGUGAAUACGCAUACGGCCACUGAUGUUAGCAACGUAAAGUCGUUCACGGAUUUGCUGGACUGUCCAGGGUUGGGUAGGAUACAACAUCCAGUAGAGGGUGAAGCAGUACGUUUAGCCGUAGAGCAACUCAUUAAGGAAGUAAGCGAUGAGAUGGUUAUCAUAGAUCCGGUAUUCUCCUGCUCACCUCGUCUAGUAGGCAGCGCGGCUAACGGAACGAAAGCUGGUUUACCCGACGAGUUUGAUUUCGUAUUUGAAAUGAACAAGUUUGAAAAUCGAGUAGAAAUUCGCAAGACCUCGAUGCCUGGAGUCGUUACAGUUUAUAAUGCGAUCGAGCGCGAUUACGUAUUCGUACAAAUCAAGGAACGCUUCAUGAAAGUUUUUGUUAGAGGCGUAUCAAACGUGCUACGAAGAGGAUUCUCACUAUUGCGUAUUUCCAAUAACUCGUCCCUCUUUCACUGGAAUAAGGUGUGCACGCAGUUGAAUCUCACGUAUGUUGGCGAAGGGCAUUACUCAUACCUUCCUUUAUCAGUGGAUGUGACACCUGUAAUCAGGGUUUUAGGUACACCAGCUGACGCGAACGAUUACCCCCCUACGACGCAGUAUUAUCAUGUUGUGCCAAAACCUAGACGGGAUCUCAUAUCGUGUGACAUAUCGUCUCAUCGUUAUUGGUCAGUAUGUACUGCACUGGCCGAGAGCGCACUCAUUCGUGGAUAUUCUGCGAUCUUUCGCGAUGCCGUCAUCGUCGCGAAGGCCUUGUUAAAUCCUCACGUACACGAUUACGAGGGAAAGAUACGAGGUAUAGCCAACGCCGAAGAUUUGCUCAAACAUCCGAAUGUGACCGAUUUGCGAGAAUGCAACAUAGAAGUUACUCGCCUGUUCAUAGCUACUCGAUGUAAAGCGAAUAGCAUGAUCGAUUCUUACCUACUGAAGCUGGCCGUGAUUCACGUGCACUCGUCAAUGUCCCGCGAACCGCCUCCAUCCCGCGUAGAUGUUAUCGUUCUCGAGUUAUUCAAAUACAUUCAUAAAUGUUUCGGAACGGAAGGCAACGAUGGUGAAAUCGAGCACCCGCUUAUUCACGGUUUGAAUAUGCUAGCAGAGGACAAGUAUAAAGUAGUCGACUACGUUCCCGCUGUCUACCUGAGACGGAAAUACAUCGCGGCUUUGCUCGCUCGGCUCGCUAGCGGGAAGCUGGUGAGUAACUCUGGACUGCUGCAUCUCAGCGCUACGGACCUCUGGCCGCGGAUGAAGGAAUCGGUGAGGAGGGCACAGCCUGACGGUGUGGCAGAUAUUGAGCAUUGGUUUGCCGAGGCUUGGCUAACGUUGUGUAAACAAUGCGAAUAGAUCUUUACCCGCGAUGGCAACAUCGUACUCCCACGCGCGGCUACUAUAUCUGCCACUAUUAUAAGAUAAUUCAGUGAUGUGUGAUAAUUGUAGGUAAACAUCGCCAUGUAUUAAUGGCACGGCUAUGUAAAUUUUACGUUAUGUUCAUGUUUAUGUUGCGUUAUGUUCGUACUCGAUGCAGGUGAAGACUAACGAGUAUAAAAUAAAUACUUU